UUUCCUUUCGUUAUUACUUUUUACAUUUUUAUAAAAUUAUUUUGUAUUUUUAUUUUGUGUUUAUGAGCUUUUUUGUGUGUGUUUUGCCUACAUGUUUGUUUGUAUACCACAGGUAUGCUUGGUGUGUGCAGAGAGGAGAGGAGGACCCCUAGAACUGGUGUUAAAUGGUAUGGAAAUCCAAAAUGUGGCUACUGUGACUGAAUCAGAGUCCUCCACAGUGCAGCAAGUACUCAUAACAUCUCAGUCAUUUCUGAAGUCUCAAAACACUAUUUUACACAGGUUUAUUUAUUUUUAUUUCAUGUACUUGAGUGAUUGCCUUCUUGUGUGAAUACAAAAUGUGUGCCUGGUGGUCUUAAAUUCCAAAAGGGAUCUCAUGACCUAGAGCUACAGAUGGUUCCAGGACCUCCUGUGUGCACUGAGACUGAUACUCUUCUUUGUACAAAAAGGGGUCAGUGUUCCUAGAUGCCUGGAUAUCUAUCCACCCUGCCAUGCAACACUUUAACACCAAGAGUGCAUACAAAUAAAGUUGUUAGAAUUUUUGUAAAUGACUAUGAAAAUGAAUAAUUGCAAAACAAAAGGACAUGAAGCUCUUAUUCACAUUCCCAGUGAACACCUUAGUGACUCCUCUAUAUUCCAAUGUUUCCAUGAAGAGAAACAUCAUAAACACCUAUAUAUUCAGCAGUCACAGGACAUAAAAAAGUUACACAAAAUCUUUAUCCACAAAAUCUUCAGCAAGGAAACCAUUAUUAGUUAUAGUUCAAUUUCUGAGAGUUUAAGAGCCAUUCCAUGAUGUUCCUGAUUCGUCAGGGGCUUAUUCACAAAAGCUGUACAUGUCACAGUAAAAGUCAAGGCUUAACACUUCUAGGUUCCUGAAUUUGAUAAAGAGUUUCUGACAAAAUGGGCUGACGACACUCAUCAUUCUGUUCUUCUGGUUUAGACCGAAAUGGAGAAACUAUCUAUAUAUUUGAUGACCUUAUACUUUGCCAUUGAUCAGAUCAAUAAGGACUCACAACUGCUUCCCAUUGUGACCUUGGAUUUCCAUGUCUACAACGCCUUUAAUUCUAACAAAAAAAAAAAAAAAAAAACCCUGGAAGGCCCUCUGAUGUCAAUGUCUGGAAGAACUGAGUAUGUUCCUAACUACGAAUGCAAAACACAACACAAAGCUCUAGGAAUCAUUUCAGGAACCAUGUCAGAAUUUUCUGCUGCAAUUGGAACACUUUUAGAGCUCUAAAACGUCCCACAACGAAUAUUUCCCUAAAGACUGGGGAUGAAAUAAAUGAUGUGAUGACUACUUCUGAGCCCAGCUAUUCCAUAUGGAAUGCAGUAUAUGCAGUGGCCCAUGCCCUCCAUAAAAUGCUGUUGACCAAAACUGAAAUGGGACCUAUGGAUGACAGAAACAAGGGUGAGAUUCUACCAUGGCAGGUAAGCCUCAUUCAUAAGCAAGGGAAUCACCAGGAUCGUAUAUUAUUGGUAAGCAAUUUACUGUGGUUAACCAAGAGAUCAUUUUCUUCUUAUAAUUAAAAGUAUAUAUUAAAAUGCAAAAGGGUUUGUCAUAGGAUAUCUAUAUAUGUCUAUAACUAUCUGACAUGAUUUUGAAACUCAAAGCACAGAUUUGAAGACAUUAAAUUAGAAUGUGUUUCAACAAAUGUUUCCUAACCUGACACGAAAUUCUAAAAUAUAAAUAUGUGAUUAAUGUCAAAAUAUAGCAAGUUCAGUAAUCAAAAUUUAUAUUUUCUUGGAAUAUACCAAUUGAAAUAAGCUUUAGACAUAAUGACCAUAUCCAAAGCUGCUAUUUCACAUAAAAUUCAAUCUAUAUUUAAUGUCAAAAGAUCAUAAAAUUAAUAGGGUCCUUUGCUUUAAAGAAUCUUCUCAGUUUCAUGAGGUCCCAUGUAUCAAUUGUAAAUCUUACUUCGUGGGGUGUUGGUGUGCUGUUCAGGAAGUUGUCUCUUGUGCCAAUGAAUUCAAGGAUCUUCCCUAUUUUCUCCUCUAAUAGAUUUAGUGUUUGCUUUUAUGUUAAGGUCAUUGAUCCACUUUGAACUGAGUUUUGUGUAGAUUGAUAAAUAUGGGACUAUUGAUAUUUUUCUACAUGUAGGCAUCAGCUGGAUCAGAGAUAUUUGUUAAAGAUACUCUCUUCUUUUUUUCCAUUAGAGGUUUUGAAUUCUUUGUAAAAAAAAAAAAAUCAAGUGUCCAUAGGUGCCUGGGUUUAUUUCUGGGUCUUCAAUUCAAUUCCAUUGAUCAAACAAUCUGUUUAUUUGUGUGUGGGGAGAGAGGUUUGUUGAUUUAGUUAUUUUUGAAUUAAUUAAAGUUUAAUCACUUUGUAUCCCAGGUGUAGCCCCCUCCCUUAUCCCCUCACAAUCCCACCCUACAUCCCUCAUCCCCUCUUAUGUCUCUCCUCAAGCCCACUGUUGGGGGGGGUCAUUCUUCCCUUCCCUUUGUCCCUAGUACAUCAGGUCUCAUCAAGACUGACUGCAUUGUCUUCCUCUGUGGCCUGAAGUUCUUUUAUUGCACAGAAAUGCUGAGUUAUUAUUUUUUGGUGUUCAAAAUAAUAUUGAGAAUUGUUCUUUCAAGGUCUGUGAUGAAUUGUGUUGUUAUUUGGAUAGGAAUUAUAACGUAUAUUGCUUUUGCUAAUACGGUCCUUUUUACUCUGUUAAUUUUACCAAGCCAUGAGCAUGGGAGCUCUUUCCAUCUUUUGAUAUCUUUUCAGUUUCUUUUUUAAGAGACUUGAAGUUCCUGUAACAGAAGUCUUUCUCUUGCUUGGGGAGAAUUCCACCAAGAUAUUAUUUCUGGCUGUUCUGAAGGAUGCUAUUUUCACAAUUUUUUUAUCAGCCCAUUUCUCAUUUGUAUUCAGGCCAUUACUGAUUUUUUGAGUUAAUUUUAUAGCAGCCACUUUUCUGAAGUUGUUUAUCAGCUGUAUAAGUUUUCUGGUAGAAUUUUUGGGGUCACUUAUAUAUAAUAGUAUAUCAUUUGUAAAUAGGGAUGUUUUUACUUUUUCCUUUCCAAUUUGGACCCCCUGAUCUCCUUUAGUUUUACUAUUUUUCUAGAUAGAACUUCAAGUACUACUUUGAAGAUAUAUAUAUAUAUAUAUAUAUAUAUAUAGAGAGAGAGAGAGAGAGAGAGAGAGAGAGAAUGGGCAGCCUUGUCUUGACCCUGAUUUUAGUGUAUUUGCUUUGAAUUUUUCCCCAUUUAAUUUGAUUUUGGCUGCUUGCUAUAUAUUACCUUUAUUAUGUCUAUGUAUGGGCCUUGUAGUCCUGCUCUUUACAGAACUUUUAUCAUGAAGUGGUGCUUGAUUUUAUCAAAGGCGUUUUUUACAUCUAAUUAGAUAAACAUGUUUAUUUUUUUCUUCCAUUGAAUUACAGAGAUGGAUUUAAAUAUGUUGAGUCAUCCCCACAUUCCUGCGAUGAUGCUUACUUGAUCAUGGUGGAUGAUGUAUUUGAUGUGUUCCUGGAUUGGUUUUCUAGUAUUUUAUUGAGUACUUUUCCAUCUAAGUCUGUAAGGGAAAUGGCUCUGAAAUGUUCUUUUUUGUUGGGUCCUUUUGUGGUUUAAGGUAUUAGAGUAACUGUAGCCUCAUAGAAUGAAUUUGGCAAUAUUCCUUCUGUUAUAUUUUGUGGAAUAGUUUCAGGAGUGUUGGAAUGAGGUCCUCUUUGGAAGUCUGGUAGAAUUCCAUGUUACAACCAUCUGGCUCUUGAUUUUUUGGUUGAGAGACUUCUGAUGACAGCUUCUAUUUUAUUAGAGGUUAUAGGACUGUUUAACCUGCUUACCUUAUCUUAAUUUAAUGUUGGCAAGUGACAUAUAUCAGGAAAAUCUUCCAUUUCCUUUUGAUUUUCCAAACUUGUGGAAUACAGUCUUUUGAAAUAAGACCUAAUGAUUCUCUGGAGUUACACUCCCUUUUCAUAACUGAUUUUGUUUAUUGGGAUACUAUCUCUCUCCCUUUUUGUCAGCUUCUCUAGAGCUUUGUCUAUCUUGUUGAUGUUCAAAAAAAAACAGCUCUUGGUUUCAUUGAUUCUUUGUAUUGUUCCCAUUUUUUUCUUUGACACUAACUUCAGCUAUGAGUUUGAUUAUUUCCUCCUGUCUACUCCUCUUAGGUGUUUACUUCAGUCUGUUCUAGAGCUUUUACAUGUACUUUUAAAUUGCUGCUAUGAGAAUUCCUUAAUUCUUUUUAGAAAGGCACUUAAUGCUAUGAACCUUCCUUCUCCUUAGCACUGCUUUCAUUGUGUCCCAGAAGUUUAGGUAUGUUGUCUCUUCAUUUUCACUGAAUUCUAGAAGAUCUAUAUUUUCUUUCUUUAUUUUUUCUCUGACCCAAUGACCACUGAGUCAUUCAGUUUCUGUUAGUUUUAUAGGUUUUCUAUUGUUUCCAUUGUUAUUGAACUCUAGCUUUAAUCCAUGGUGGUCUGAUAAGAUACAAGGGGUUAUUACAAAUUUCUUAUACUUGUUGAGGCUUGCUUUCUGACCAAGUCAAUGGGCAAUCUUGAAGAAGUUUCUGUGAGGUGCUGAGAAGAUGGUAUAUCCCUUUUUGUCUGGGUGAAAAUUCUGUAGAUAUCUAUUGGAUCCAUUUGAUUUGAGCAUCAGUUAGUUUAAUUGUUUCUCUAUCUAGUUUCUGUUUUCAUGACUUGUCUUUUGGUUAGUGUGGGGUUUUGAAGUCUCCUACUAUUACUGUGGAUAUAUUAGUGUAUUAUUUAAGCUUUAGUAAUGCUUCUUUUACAAAUGUAGGUGCCCUUGUAUUUGAAGCAAAAUACUCAGAAUAGAGACAUCAUCUUGGUGGAUUUUUGAUAUGAUAUGUAUCCUUUUACUAUGAUAUGUAUCCUUUCCCAUAUCUUUUGAAUAAAUUCAGUUAAAAUUUUAUUUUAUUAGAUAUUAGGAUGGCUUCUUUCAAUUUGCUUCUUGGGUCCAUUUCCUUGAAAAAGCUAUUUCCAGCCCUUCACUCUGAGCUGCAUCCAUUUUUGAGGAAAAUUAAAGUGAUAAAUGCUGCCGGAGAUGAAAUAAGCUUUGAUGAGAAAAAGAAUAUUAUGGAAACAUAUGAUAUACAGAAGUUUAUUUCAUAUAGUAAGCAAAAUUUAUUAAUACUUAAAGUGGGAGAAUUUGUCUUCAAGAGUCCACAAGACCAAGGCUUUUUCAUCAAUGAAGUUCUGAUUCAAUGGCCAAGCAACUUUAAUCAGACUCCUCAAUCUGUAUGUACACAGAGCUGUGGUCCAGGAUUCUGGAAAGUUCUACAAGAAGAAAGACCCAUUUGCUACUUUUCUUGUGUAUUUUGUCCAGAGUGGCACAUUUCCAACCAGACAGAUCAGCAGGAGUGCAGUGUUUGCCUAAGUCAAGACUAUCCAAACCCUGAGAGAAACCAGUGUUUACCCAAGGCAGUGACAUUCCUAUCCUUUGAGGAUCCUCUGGGCAUGGCUCUGGCCUGCACAGCUCUGUUCUUCUCUGUCAGCACAUUUAUAGUUUUGGGGAUCUUCCUUAAACACCGAGAAUCAGCCAUUGUUAAGGCCAAUAACAAGACUCUCAGCUAUAUCCUGCUCAUCUCCAUCCUCCUCUGCUUCUUCUGCUCCUUUUUCUUCAUUGGACGCCCAAACACUGUCUCCUGCAUACUGCAACAAAUAACAUUUGCACUUGUAUUCACGUUGGCUAUUUCCACUGUUUUGGCAAAAACUAUAACUGUAAUUCUGGCCUUUAGGAUCAUGAAAUCUGGGAGAACAAUGAGAAGGUUGUUUGUCUCAGGCAUCUAUAAUGCUGUCAUCCCCAUCUGUGUCCUGAUUCAACUUAUUCUCUCUGGAGUGUGGCUGGGAACCUCUCCUCCCUAUAUUGACAUAGAUGUACACUCUGAACAUGCUCAUGUCAUCAUUUUAUGCAAUAAGGGCUCAGCUACUGCUUUCUACUGUGUGCUGGCAUACUUAGGAACCCUGGCCCUAGGGAGCUUCACUGUGGCUUUCCUAGUGAGGAACCUGCCUGACACAUUCAAUGAGGCCAAGUUCCUGACAUUCAGCAUGCUGGUGUUCCUUAGUGUCUGGGUCACCUUCAUCCCUGUCUACCAGAGCACCAAGGGCAAAGCCAUGGUGGCUGUGGAGGUCUUCUCCAUCUUGGCCUCCAGUGCAGGGCUGUUGGGGUGCAUCUUUUUCCUAAGUGCUACAUUAUUCUCUUAAGACCUGAUAAAAACUCUUUGAGAUGUUUGAAAAACAAAAACUAGCAAAAAAAGUGGUCAUUUUCAUGUAUUAGUUUUCUAAUACAACUCAUUAGUGUAAUAAAAUUAAAUCAUUUACCUACUUUAAAGUAACUUUUUCUGAAAUGUGUAUUUAAAGAAAUAUAAGAGCCCCUCACUUUGUCUCCCAAUCACAGACAUUUUAUUUCAGAAUAGAAGCUGCUGUUAAAAACAAAUUUUAGUAAGUUAUGCAUGUUACAUAUUAAUUUGUGGACAAUAUACAUAUUCAAAAUGUAAUUAUAUGAUAGUAAUUGAUAUAAAUAGUACAUGAACUAAA